GUCCACUGGAAGGGCGAUGAAUGGCACCUUGCUCUGCUAACGGUCCCAGUCUAUGUACUGUGCAGAGCAUAUCAGGUAAAUAAAUACUGACCAGGUUAGAAGGAGUAAACCGACAGGUUCCUCCAAAGCAAAGUCUAUGCCUUGUUCCAAUAUUCGCGUUGGUUUCACCAGCCACGAGUUCAAGCAGGAAACCUCGCGAGAAGUGGGGGCUGCUCUUUUCUUCAUUGGUCGCGGGCGGGCUUUAGGACCCAGUGUCUGGCGGAGGGGGGCGGGGCGGGUUAGGGCCGCCCGUCGCACACUUCUGACGUCACCAGCCCUCGUCGGGGUAGCUGAGGACCCCGUGGAAAGAAUCAUGGCGGCCUCAGUCCCGCAGCCGCCUCCUCAGGCCGUGAGCGGGAAGCGCAAAAGCAAAGGUCAGUACUUGCAAGCCAAGCGGACUCGGCGUUGCGACGUCGGCGGUUCGCGGCAUCUGGAGCCGGGGUUGCAAGGCAUUCUUAUCACCUGCAACAUGAACGAGCGCAAGUGCGUGGAGGAGGCAUACAGUCUGCUCAACGAAUACGGUGACGACCUGUAUGGGCCUGAAAAGUUUGUAGAAAAGGAUCAGCAGCCCUCUGGAAGUGAGGAAGAUGAUAAUGAUGAUGAUGAUGAUGAUGUGGAGUCUGCCUUGAAGAAAGAAGUUGGAGAUAUAAAGGCUUCUACAGAGAUGAGGCUAAGAAGAUUCCAGUCAGUGGAGAGUGGAGCAAAUAAUGUAGUCUUCAUCAGGACACUUGGGAUAGAGCCAGAGAAACUGGUACAUCAUAUUCUCGAGGAUAUGUAUAAAACCAAGAAAAAGAAGACUCGAGUUAUUCUACGAAUGUUACCGAUUUCAGGCACCUGCAAAGCUUUCUUAGAAGAUAUGAAAAAAUAUGCAGAAACAUUUUUGGAACCCUGGUUUAAAGCUCCAAAUAAAGGGACAUUUCAAAUUGUAUACAAGUCCAGAAACAAUGGUCACAUGAAUAGAGAAGAAGUUAUCAAAGAAUUGGCAGGAAUAGUGGCCAGCCUCAAUUCAGAAAAUAAAGUAGAUCUCACCAAUCCACAGUACACGGUGGUAGUAGAAAUUAUCAAAGCUGUCUGUUGCUUGAGUGUUGUGAAGGAUUACAUGCUGUUCAGAAAAUACAAUCUUCAGGAGGUGGUGAAGAGUGCUAAAGACCCAUCACAGUGUCAUCCAAAGCUGGGAAAUGGGAAAGAAGUAAAAUUGCAGCCUGGCAGCAAAUUAAAUCAAAAUGAUGCAGCAGAAGGAAAUGAGAAGAAACAGGUGGUAUCAGAGGAUUGUGAAGAGCAAGGUCAGCCAAAACCAAGGUCUGAGAUAGAGGUACUAGUGAAGGAAGAAGGGGGUAAACCUGAGACUGCAAGUCAAAUCACAGAUGAAUCCAAGUCAAAUGAUAAUGACUUCUUAUAGACUUCAUUUUGUAUUGUAGACUCUCAGCUGGAAUUCUAUGAGAUUGUACUGGGGUUUCAUGUAAAAUUCUGGCAUAAAAUAGUCUGACUUUUGUGUGCUUCAUAGUGUUGAUCUUAGCAGUACUGAUCCCUGUUAACUCAGCCCUGUUAGCUUAGUAGUUUCCUCAGAGCUCUUACAAACCUGUUUGGUACAUAUGUUAUCUAUCACACUGGAAUGUGUGGCAGAAGGAUGAUGUGCUGAUUACUUCCCCUCUUUUUUUUUCCUGCCAACUGACUUACAGGAGUGAACAGUUACUGAGAAGUAGAAAACUAGAAGGAAAGUUUGAUUUUAAAGCAAUUUCCUUUUUCAGUGUGCUACAACUCAGCAAUAGCCUGCCACUUCUAUUAUAAACAUUGCAAAAAUGGCUUGUGUAAAUUAGAAGUGAAUUGUUUUGUGAUGGUUUUGAACUUUGUGUUCUUGUUUAGUUAUUCUAUCCCUUUUUAUAUUUUAUUAAUGCUUGUAAUGAACAAAUAUAAUGGUCCAUUGCUACAGUUUUGAAGGCACAAUGUGAUAUAGAAGAACCACGUCAGCAUAGACCUGUCAACAUUUUUGAUAAGGUUAGUGGUGACGAAUUGCAAUGUUCUCCAUACAUUAGCACGACAAAGGAUAGAAAAAUUCUCUUAACAAUGAAAACUAUGUCUCAGGGUUUUUAUAAGGACUCAUAAUCCAAGCUGUUCUAUCCAAUAUGCAUGAUCUGUGGCAUGCAGCUUAGAGAUCUAGCAGAUGUUUCAACAAUUGUAACUAAAUCAGUUAUUGGGCAAGGAUCAUGAUUAUCCUAAACAACAUUUGGAAUAUCAAAAUAGAGAAAAGCUUUUGUUGAAAAGGUCAACUAAGUAGAAAAGUUUAAGAAACAAUUAAAAAUAUUAUUAUAAAGAUGAUGUAUAGAGGGGUUACAUUUACAUGUGUCAGUUAAUAAGUACAUUUUCUCUUGUACAAUUCUCUCCCAUUCCCUCCUUCCAUCUCCACCUUUGAGUUAUUCACUUUCAUCAGUGUCCAGUGCUCUCUAUUGCUGUACUUUUUCA